CAGCAGCAGCAACAGGAAUUUCAUCACAACAACUUGGAAAGCUCCAGAAAAAUCUUUUGGAAAACUCUUGGUUAUUGCAGCUGUAGUGCAGGACAAGACAAAAUACUGGAUGAAUGUCAAUGCAACACUAUAUGCUGCCUCAUCAACAGAUAAUGACGAUUGUGGAAAGCAAAAAGGAUGUUUGGAUUGUGAAGAUGGAUGUCUCAUUUCUUGGAUACCAAGCAAGGAUAAGAAAACGGUUCACUUUGAAUUUUCAUUACCAACAAAAUCUGAGAAUGCAUAUGUUGCUAUGGGGAUUUCACCCGAACCUCAAAUGGAUGGAGAUCAUGUGAUUGAAUGUGUCCAAGGAAACUCAGUCCACAUCCUACGUAUGUCGCAUAACACGGGACAUCACAACCAACUCAUUCCAGUUCCUCCUGGGGUCAUAAAUAAUCCCAACAUUUCCUAUGUUGAUGGUAUUCUGAAAUGUAAAUUCAGUUCUCCGGUCAAUUCUGAGACCACUGCACUACCUGCACUGGACCAGGCCUGGUAUUUGGAGUAUGCUGUGGGAGAUGUAAAGGUCAAAGGAAAAGAAUUGGUAAAACAAUUUCAUUCACGAAAGGCAGCCAGCAACUCCAAAGUAAAACUAACAGAAGUCACAGUCAUUGAAAACUCAACUCCGGCUUUAGUUAAACUUCAUGUCUUCAUGAUGGUCAUAGCUUGGAUGCUAUUCAACAAUUUGGCGAUAAAUAUUGCUCGCAACUAUAAAGACCUUAAACCAGAUUGUACUCUCCUAGGGGCUAAGAUUUGGUUCCAGCUCCAUCGGUUGCUGAUUGCACUUACUGCCCUUUUCACCCUCAUUGGAAUCAUCGCAAUAUUCGUCCAUGUCAAUGGUUUCACAUUUGACAGCAAUGCCCCAGGACCUUACAUGGCCCAUCCACUCAUUGGCCUACUCAUUGUGGUUCUUGUUUUAACAAAUAUUUUCUUGGGUCUACUUCGACCUGAUCUUAAAAGUAGAGAUCGACCGUUCUUCAACAUAAUUCAUCGGAGUGUUGGAAUGACAUGUCAAAUAUUGUCAAUUGCCUCCAUCUGCACCGGUGCCUAUAUACUGAAUAGUUAUACAGACCUGAUCUACGGGCUUAUGAUCUUUUAUGUGGUUUACAUGGUUUUAUUAAACAUAAUGCUAUUCAUCAUUGACAAGUAUUAUUUAAACAAUAAUCGCAAAUGCAGAGAUAAGAGCAUCGACAAGUUGCGGAUAUUCAAAAAUCUUUUGCUUCCAAUACAUAGCGUCAUCCAAUUGGUUCUUGCUGCGUUCGUGGCAUCGUAUGCAGUGGCAGGAGACUAAGACGGGUGGAAGGUUAAAUCUAAGGAACUACAAGUGGAUGCAAGCGCACAAAUACACAAACACAUGCACACAUAUACACACUCAUUCACAUUUGCACAUAAGCAUCCAUUCACACACACACACACAUAAAAUCAUACAUACAUACAUACACACAUACAUGUAGGUGUGACUAUGUGGUAAAAAGGUAUGGCUACAUGGUAAAAAGCUUGCUUCUUAACCACAUGGUUCCAGGUUCAGUUCCACUGCAUGGCCCCUGGACAAGUGUCUUCUACUAUAGCCUCGAGCUGAGUGAAUUUCAUAGAAACAGAAAGA